AUGGCCAUGGACAGUCACUCACCCAUGUCGGUGCGCGCCAUCGCACCGGCGUCGGACAUGGCCACCUUCAAGUCCGCCACCUCCAACCCUAACCCCAACCCCAACCCCACCGACACCAGAGGGCCCAUGCUCGACGCCGCAGUCUUCCCCCACAUUCUCGAUUCCGUUGUCAACUUUGCGUCCACCGAGUCACUCGUAGUCCUCCGCCAGACGUGCACGACCUUACGUGACCGCACGCGCGCCAUGCUCUACGAGCACGUGCUCUUCCUUCCACUAGGCAACAUGGUCCACAUCCUCACUGCCUUGCCACCAUACCUUCACCUCGGCACUUUCGAGGUCAAAGGACACCAAGUUGCCAGACCCGUCGAUGCCACAGUCGUCACUGGACUCACACAUACCCGCGUCCUCGAUUUGUACGGCCUCCCUGUAAUUUGGAGGCUGGAGGAUCUUAGCAUGCCGCGCCUCGACGUCAUCCGGCGCGUGUGUGACCAACAAGGGUCCAAAUUCCGCCACCGAUACGCGGGUCAGUUCCCACCCGCACACACGGUCGUCGACUACAUCGAUAUCAGCGAACGAGACUCACGGUAUCUGUGCCCCGAUACCCCAGUCACGCCGCCGUAUGGUACCAAGCACCACAUCGUUCACUUCUUUUGGCACCAGUGGGACCCGCGCGUUCCGUGGGUUGCCAUGCGUCCAUGUGAAAACACGGAGGCGAGCACCGUCGUCCUCCAUCCAUAUGGUACGGGGGACGGGCCAGCCCAGCACUUUCAGACGCUCGGGGCUCUGCUCUCAUCGGCGUGGCGGGGCACAAUCGUCGGUGCCGAGCGCAUGUAUCCUCUACACACACGGGCUGAUGGGGUGACCAUCCCCAGCAGUGGAGGGGACAGUGCGCCAGAGUGCGCGAACCCAGCCGCACCCGGCUCGGCCGAGAUGCAGUUCGAGACGUACGAUUCGUGGGUUACAAGCUUCGGUCGCGCAACCCAGCCAGCGCCGGAGACGAUGGCCGCGUGCUACGAGUCGGCGAAGAUGCGGCGCUCGCGAAUUGCCGCGGAGACGACGGGCGCAAACUGGUGGGAGAAGUAA